AUACUAAUAUAAACUGUGUGUGUGAGGAGGGGCGCAUGUCUUUUAAUUGCCCAAUUGAACUGAACUCUAAUUAAAACUUUUGUUUACGUGCAAUUAAAAGUCACACACACAAACACACACACACACACCAUACACACUUAUACACCUUAUCACCUCUAUUUACACACACACACACAAUCGUUCAUAGAGAUUUAUUGACCCAUCGAAACGGAGUUUUGUCGGUGAUUCUGAUUCUGAUUAUUUCCCGCGACCGUUCCAACAAAAGCCGCCAAAAUUCUUGAUAAAGUGGCCUCAAUAGGCGCCAACACGCUUAAUUUCACGGAUCUAGGGAGCCCCUACGAGGGGCCUCCCAGUACACCGCAAUCGGGCAUGGAUGCUCCGGAUGCCCCUCAUACGCCCAAAUAUAUGGAUGGAGGGAGUACGGCCAGUAGCAUAACGCCCGGUGUUAAUAUACCCGGCAAAUCGGCCUUUGUCGAACUCCAGCAACAUGCCGCCGCCGGGUAUGGCGGCAUACGCAGCACCUAUCAACAUUUUGGUCCACAAGGUGGCCAGGAUUCGGGUUUUCCGAGUCCUCGCAGUGCCUUAGGCUAUCCAUUCCCGCCCAUGCAUCAGAAUUCUUAUUCUGGCUAUCAUUUAGGCAGUUAUGCGCCACCCUGUACGAGUCCACCAAAAGAUGAUUUUUCCAUCUCCGACAAAUGCGAAGAUUCGGGCUUACGAGUCAAUGGCAAGGGCAAGAAAAUGCGCAAACCUCGCACCAUUUACAGUUCACUGCAGCUCCAGCAAUUGAAUCGACGUUUCCAAAGGACUCAAUAUCUAGCCUUGCCAGAACGUGCCGAAUUGGCAGCCAGUUUGGGCCUAACACAAACGCAGGUGAAAAUCUGGUUCCAAAAUCGCCGAUCCAAGUAUAAAAAAAUGAUGAAAGCAGCCCAGGGACCGGGUACAAAUAGUGGUAUGCCUUUGGGUGGCGGUGGACCAAAUCCUGGUCAGCAUAGUCCAAGUCAAAUGCAUGGUGAAUUUGGUCUCUAUUUGACAGGCGGUAAUAACGGCAGUGGCUCGAAUAGCGGUUCCCCAUCACAUUAUCUACCUCCCGGACAUAGUCCAACGCCAUCAAGUACGCCUGUGUCUGAGUUAUCACCUGAAUUCCCACCAACGGGACUCAGUCCGCCAACGCAAGCGACUUGGGAUCAGAAACCGCAUUGGAUUGAUCAUAAGCCACCACCGCAAAUGACACCGCAACCACCUCAUCCAGCGGCAGCAGCGCCACAUCCGCAUUCGCAUCUUCAUAAUCCGCCGCCACAAAUGGGCGGUUAUGUGCCCCAGUAUUGGUAUCAGCCCGAAACGAAUCCCUCAUUAUUAACUGCUUGGCCGACGGUUUAACAGCACCCGAAUCAACUGCCCCCCGCUGCUGUAGCCUGGUCGCAGGCCAACUCCUCCUGCCAGCAGCAGCUGCAUUCAGAUUUGAGCCUGCAUCCGGAAUUGCAGCAUCCGCCGCAGCAUCAGCAGCAGCAGCAGCAGCCGCCACAUGAGGCAACGGCCACAGUCUACGGGGCAGUUAACCAUCAUACAAUAUCUUAGCCAAUAAUAAUAAUAAAAAAACAACAACAACCUUGAU